AUGAUGCUUUGAGGAGUAUCCGUUGUACGGUGGGGUCUUGCGCCGGUUCGUAACGAAAAUUGGUGACUUUCAUGUGAAUAAUGCUAAUUUUCUGAAGAAUUUCGUUCAAGAUCAGUCUUCAGUUUGUAACGUGAGUGUCUUGUGAUCCCUUUUAUUUCAGACCAGCAGGGUUGGAGGAGUUGAUCCAACAUGGCUGAGAAGCCAGUCAGGAUAGGCUCCAAGGUGGAGAUCACUGGCAAGGGGCUCCAUGGGAAGGUGGCAUUCGUCGGUGUCACCGCCUUCGCAUCGGGCAAGUGGAUCGGCGUGGUCCUUGACGAUGCUAAGGGAAAGAACAAUGGCAUCGUCCAAGGCAAGAAGUACUUCAGUUGCCCUGACAACCAUGGUAUCUUUGUUCGCCAGUCACAAAUCACCAUAGAGGAUUCGCCCCCCGGCAGCGGGACGGUGUCACCAGGGGUGGCCUCCCCGGCCGUCUCUGCUAUCCCCAGGUCUGGCAUUCCCAAGACAGAGAAGUCAUCGCCGUCUGGGAAGAAACAGCCCCCGAGCCCAUCGCAAAAACCCAGCGAGCCGACAGCGCCCGCUGAGAAACCGUUGUCUGUCCGUCGUUUAGCCAAAUUCUCUCCUGCACGACGAUCCACCGAAAGUUUGUCUAGACCCCGCGUAGAGAGCCCAGUCCCAGACCCCUCUUUUGCCCCCACCUCGCGCCUCCCUCAGCUGUCAGCAUCCAGCAAACCGGCCAGCGGUGAUGGCUCACAGAGCUCGGAGCAGGUGGGCGCCUUGAAACUUGAGGUGCAGGAUCUGAAGGAGAAGUUGGAGACGCUGAGGAUCAAGAGGGCCGAGGACAAGUUGAGACUCAAGGAUGCCGAGAAGAUGAAAAUUCAAAUGGCUCAGUUGGCCGAAUUCAAAGCCAGAAUGAUUGAAUCGAAGAACGAUCAGGAGAGGCAGCUUCAGGAAGCCAAGAAAGAAGCUCGUGAGGCAACUGACGCCCGGGAGCGCUAUCAAGAGGAGAUGUCAGAAGUGGCAGAGACAAUUGAGAUGGCAACGCUGGACAAGGAAAUGGCUGAAGAAAAGUGCGAUUCACUGCAAGCAGAGGUAGACACUCUGAAGGAGAGAGUUGAGGAGUUGACCCUUGACCUUGAGCUGCUUAGAGGAGAGAUCGAACAGGGAGGAACAGACGGUGCCUCAGCUAGCUACCAGAUGAAGCAGAUGGAGCAGCAGAAUGCACGGCUUAAGGAGGCAUUGGUCAAGUUGCGAGAUUUGUCCAACGCCGAGAAACACGAGCACCAGAAAGCCCUGAAGGACAAGGACAAGAUAGUAGCGGAACUCAAGGAAUCCAAAGCGCAAAAGGAAAGCGCCAAUAAAGCUCUGAAGGAAGCUGAGAAUCAAAUCAUUGAAUUAAAAGAGCAAGUGGACGCCGCUCUUGGGGCGGAGGGUAUGGUGGAGACUUUGACCGACAAAAACCUCGAACUCGAGGAGCAACUCCAGGAGUUACAGACAACGGUCGCAGAUCUGGAAUCGCUAAACGAGAUGAAUGAGGAGCUGCAGGAGAACGCCCGCGAGACAGAGCUGGAACUGCGCGAGGAGGCGGACAUGCAGCGCAGCAAGGUGGCGGAGUACCAGCGCCGGAUGGAGGCCAUGAAAGAAGCGGCCUCCGACAACCAGGAGACCAUCUCCAAAUUCCGCCAACUGACCGCCUCGCUUCAGGAGAAGAAUCGUGAGCUACUCAGCCAACAGCAGAAUGCAGCUUUAUCGCAGGACUCCCAGGCUGACAUGCCCACCUUUGACUUCAAGGCCAAAUUCCUGGAGACCAAGGCUCAGGCAAAGGCUGUUGAGAUUGACAUGUACAAGCUGCGCAUUGAUCAAGCCAGUCAGCAUGUGGAUUACCUAUGCUCCUUCAUGCCUGACCAGUUUCUGCGCCGUGGAGGUGAUCACGACUGUGUACAAGUCCUUCUGCUGAUCUCUAGGAUGCUGGCCAAGUCAGACCUCCUUGUCAACCAACUCAAAGAGAGGGCUGAGAUACCGGAAACCAUGAAUCGUGAGGAAGUACUUCGAAACAACAAAGGAGAACAACUGUCCUUCACCAACUUCCUCAUCUUCAUCAUAUCCCAGCUGCAGGCCAUCCUCAACAAAUAUCAAACAGCACUGACAUCCUGUAAUGUGGCUCUGUUCUGUAAGAUCGGCACCCUGUACCCUGAGAUGUCACCCCACGAGACUGCACUGGAUUACCUGAUUGAUCUCAUGCGCAAAGACCAGUUGGAUGAGACCACUUCUCAGGAAUCUCUCCUCAAGGCCAUUGGGUUCUUCACCCAUCUCUACAGCGUGCAUCUCGCCCAGGAGAAUGUAGACCAGACCUUGAUUAUGGCUGACAGUGUGCGUCUGGUCUCCUCAGCUACCGACCUGGUGGGACUGGAAAUCAAGAAACUACGAGUCCUAAUGCAGGCGAUGCAGGAAACCAGUGAUUUCUCUAUCCUUCUCAAGGAUUUGGAGGGCACCAACGCCGACCUCAAGACGUUUGCUCGCAUGAUUCGUCGUCGGUUGCCUCAGGUGGAGGGAAGUGAUGGACCCACACCAGGACCACAGGCUCUUGUCUAUGGAGGAGAUGUGCAAACCUCUUUGGCGGAGUGUUGCGAUCACCUGAUCACCUUAGUGGCUGGACUUCGCGAUCUUGGACAAGGCGCCAUGAAGGCAGCCGGCUCACUUGCAGACACUCCGGAGAAAGAUAAAGAGAAGAAAACAAAGCAAGGGAAGAAAGAAGGUUUGUGGAAAGUUUUGGCGUCUUGCACGUUACAAUUAACCGCAACCUCUAGUAGUAUUAAUAACUACAGCGAUACUAGCUUGCAUCGAAUUCCUUGUUGUUUUUGCAUUGAUUUGAAUACUAACACCGGCGUAAUUUAUGAGACAAGCGUUUCUUUAUAACCAGUUGUAUCCACUCUGUGCAUGAUGUGGCCCUCUAGCAGUCUUG